AUGACUAGUGAACGGGACCUCUGGAAAUAUGCUGUGCUUGAUAAGACUCGGCAAGCGCAGAUCUGUGAUAAAUCAUUCUCUCAAAUUAGUCAAUUAACUACACACAAACGUAUUCAUGCAGGAGAGAAACUACCUACCCAUACAGGAGAGAAACCGUUUCGUUGUGAGGUUUGUGGUAAAUCAUUCUACCGAAAUAGUAACUUAAUAGAUCACAGCCGUAUUCAUACAGGAGAGAAACCAUAUCGUUGUGAUAUCUGUGGUAAAUCAUUCUCUAAAAAUGGUAGCUUAAUAUAUCACAGGCGUAUUCAUACAGGAGAGAAACCGUUUCAUUGUGAGGUCUGUGGUAAAUCAUUCUCUCAAAAUAGCGUUUUAACUUCACACAAACGUAUUCAUUCAGGAGAGAAACCGUUUCAUUGUGAUAUCUGUAAUAAAUCAUUCUCUCAAAAUAGUAACUUAAUAUAUCACAGACGUAUUCAUACAGGAGAGAAGCCAUAUCGUUGUGAUAUCUGUGGUAAAUCAUUCUCCGGAAGCAGUCAAGUUACUUCACACAAACGUAUUCAUACAGGAGAGAAACCGUUUCAUUGUGAUAUCUGUGGUAAAUCAUUCUCUCGAAAUUGUAACUUUAUGGAUCACAGACGUAUUCAUACAGGAGAGAAAGGAAAAGGGUAGUUUUUUGUUUGGUGUGUCUUUUUAAUAUUCUUGUGUUUUGUACAAAGGAAAAUACGAGUAAAGUGUUUCAAAAAUU